AUGGAUGUCAUGUGUGGAAUGCCUGAUCAAAUCGCAAUAUUUGACAUCUCAGAGAUUUUUGACGUAUAUGCCUCGGUGGAGAACACAGUGGCUGCGAUGAUUGUAUUAUCUGCGGUUAAGGAUCGAGAUUUCUAUAGCAAAAGCAAGCAGGCAAAACAAGCGGAAGCCGCGCGAAAGAUCGAAGAUGCUGGCAGUCUGAAGGAAGCUCUUGAAGUUUUGGGAAUUGGAUGGAAAUUUCACGUUGAAAAGCCUCUCAGUCAGACUUUAUCUACUAUCCUGUUGAGUCCCGAGUUUAAGGCGGUUUCUGAGCUCGCAGAAAAACUUUACAACGAUAAGCCACACGACUACUUGACUCAAGCUCUACGUGAAGCGUACAGUCCACAUUUCGAUCUCAUGAUCAGACAUGUUGUACACACAGGGAGCGAGGACGCCAAGGCAGCUUUAAGAAAAUAUUCUCUAAUACCAAAUUAA